AUGGCUGGAGACAUACGAAAUGAAGACUACCCUUACGAGAUAGACGAACAGCUCACAGGAUUCGACUCCUCAGUGUCGUCUGUUAAAACCAUGUUGGAGACUUUGAUUUCGAUGCCCAGGAAUGACAUCCCGCAGAAGUUGGAUCCUUUGGACCAAGCCAAGCUGGAUCUGAUGUCUGCCUACACCCUUAAUUCUUUAUUCUGGAUGUACUUGGUUACGCAAGGAGUAAAUCCAAGAGAACAUGGGAUCAAACAGGAAUUGGAGAGAAUAAGGACAUACAUGAACAAAGUAAAGGAGAUCACAGACAAGAAGAAAGCAGCCCGUCUGGAUAAAGGGGCUGCAGCACGUUUUCUCAGGAAUGCUCUGUAUGAUGCAGACGAUGCAGAUUCAAAGAAAAAAUCUGCAUCCAAGAAAGCAGCGGACACAACAUCUGAUGCCCCUCAGCCAAAACAUCCAAAGCACAGCUGAAGAAAACAAGACCCUGGAUAAUGUGGUCCAGUUGUAAAUGGUUCUGCUUAUGGGGACUUAACAUUUGUGCAACAUUCAUUUCAGGACAAUAUAAUGCAGAAAACAACAUACGCUUUGCAGUUGGUGUUAUUCUGUCGUCGGGUCUUGGUCCAUGUUGCUGAGUGCAUGAGAUCCACAGACUCUCAUAGAGACUCAUAAAUCUCUGUGGUACAGAAUUCCAAGUUUUGAUAAACAUCUCUGUGGAAGCUGGCAGCGGUUUCAGAAUUGAAGAAAUAUUUUUCUGCUGAAUUUUUGUAAUGUGAGAUGUAUUUAUGAAAGGACUAUUAAGACAAAGUCAUACUUCUUCUGUAGCUGUCAUGUAGGAUGAUAUGGUUCUUUAUUUUAUCAGAAAGAGAAAUGUACAAUUUGACAUUGACCCUGUGAACUUCUUUCUUUUUUCUUUGUGCAUGUGAAUUCAUACGCUGUACUGACAAAAUUUGGUGGUUGUUUUUUUACAAGCUAUAAGAAAGUAAACAAUAUACCCAUCAAAGCUUUGAGUGGUAAUUUUCUGUUCAUUCAGUAUAUUUACAUAAUACAUUUAAUGGCACCUUAGGCCUUGGAGUCUACUAAGUUAAUGACUGACUAAAAAUUACAUUCAAUACCGACAAUCUAUAAUAUAUAACCUGAGAAGAUGACUGACAGGGACCAAAAGCUGUUUGCUGUAACUUGCAUAGGAUAAGUGUGUGAGUAUAAUUUUAAAAUAUGAAAAGUUAAUUAAUGGUGAGCUGCU